AUGGGAAUGCCCUCUUCUGGUGGGACUCUUGGACAUCAUUUGGACCUCUCACAUAUUUGGUUUAACCACUUGGUGAAACCUGCUUCAUCUUAUAAAAUACAUAGACAAAAAAGAUCUGUCAUGCCUCAGUCCAAAGAAAUUUGGAGUAAAGGUUUGCCAUUUCAAAUUUCCUUUUUCAUGUGGAGACUUACUAAAAAGGAACUUCCUUUUGAUGAUACUCUUACCAGGUUUAGAAUUCAACCAGAUACUAGAUGUAUAUGUUGUAGAGUGGACAAAAAAGAAAAUCUCAAUCAUGUAUUUGCUAGGAGUGAUCUGGCUAUCAGAGCAUGGAGAAUGGCCUCAGACCCUCUGGGCAUCAGCUACAGGCACUCUAAUGUGACAGAAAUAUUGAAAAACCGGUGGGAUAGGAAGCCUAUUAAUGUGGCAAGAUGCACAAAGAAAUAUGACAACAAGAAUACUUCCAAUGCAAGAAUCAAGCAGAAGCUCCUAUUCCAAAUCAAGAUAACUCUAGGCAAGAUUUUCAGCAAAAUGAAUGAAGAUUGGAACUGGGAGUUUGUCUGUGACAUAGUCAUCAACUAUAGAACAAGAAUAUCCAGCAAAUUGGUCCAGUGGGAAUGCCCCGAGCAGUACUCAUUUAUUUUGAACACUGGUGGCAGUUGUUAUCCCUCUUUAACCAGAGCUGGGGCAGGAGGAAUUAUUAGAAAGAGAAAUGGGGAUAUGGUUAUGGCUUUUGCUAAACCACUCCAAUUCUUAACUAACAAUUCCAGUGAACUCCAAGCUACUCUAUAUGGUUUAAAGUGGUGUCAUUUUCAUAAUCUUUCUGAUUUCAUAAUGCAAUUGGAUUCUCUGUUUGUUGUGCAGAUGAUUCAAGGUAAAGGCAAAGUCCCUUGGAAUUUUCAAAAACUGAUUGAAGAGAUGAAGAAGAUUGUCAACCAAAGAAGGGUCAAAGUGUCUCACUGUUAUAGAGAAGCUAACCUGGUGGCUGAUGCACUGUCCAAGCUUUUCAAUAAUCUUGAUCAAGAAGUUGUAGGACCUCUUCGCAUGGACAAAAUGGGAUUCCCCUCAUUCAGAAUUAGGCCUGCAAAGCAUACAGGGUGGUACUUUGAACCACCUUAG